GGCUUAUGGGUGCAGCCAGCUCGAGCGAAACAGCAGUCUAGGUGUUCGGUUCAGAGGCGCUGCAGAAGAAGUAGACGGUAUGAAGUUUAAACAGCGUUAUGCUUACAAUACUUUGCCAUUAUUUAAUGUCAACAUAGCGCUAGCGAAAUUCGAUUGAAAGUAUCUGAACUGCUGCCAAUUUCUACAUCAAUUUAUUUGGACAACGAGGAUGUUAUCUCUGGCUAGCUAACGCCUAUCGUCAUUAUUAAACAGCCACAUACGAAUCAAACAACGCCUGUUCAGUCUAUUCAAUUUCAGCGGCACAAUGAGUCUGAACGAGCAUUCAUUGCAAGCGCUGUCUUGGAGGAAGCUUUACUUGAGUCGAGCAAAACUGAAGGCUUCCAGUCGAACGUCUGCUCUACUAUCUGGGUUCGCUAUGGUAGCAAUGGUGGAGGUUCAGUUGGACACAACCUAUCCUUACCCACCUGGUCUCCUCAUUGCCUUCAGUGCCUGCACCACUGUGUUGGUGGCCGUUCACCUUUUUGCCCUGAUGGUUAGUACCUGCAUCCUGCCUAACAUUGAGGCAGUCAGCAACGUUCACAACCUCAACUCAGUGAAGGAGUCUCCACAUGAGAGAAUGCACCACCACAUCGAGCUGGCCUGGGCCUUCUCUACAGUCAUUGGCACCUUGCUCUUCCUGGCUGAGGUUGUACUCCUCUGCUGGGUCAAAUUUCUACCCAUUAGGCCUAAGAACUACAACCCCAACAAUGGGACCAUAUCUGCAGGUGUGGCUGCUGCCAUCACCUCCACCUCCAUCAUGGUGCCUUUUGGCCUGAUAUUUAUAGUAUUUGCUGUACAUUUCUACCGUUCCCUUGUCAGCCACAAGACAGACAGGCAGUUCCAGGAGCUGGAGGAGCUAUCCAACCUGACCAGGCUGCAGAAUGAGCUGGACGGCAGAGGGGAGUCCCUCAUGCAAUCCCCCAGCUCUCAAUUCCCUUAAAGACUGACCACUCUGACAAGAUAGAUAUCUCUACCACGCCAAUACUUUUGCCAUUAGUUUGACAUUUCUAUUAAAAACACAUAAUUUAUAUGAAAGUGUUGUGCUACUCACUGUUUGAAAUGUUCACAUUUCUAGAUUUUUUUACUUCCAUAUAACUGUAAAACUAUGCCACUUAACGCAUGUACACAUUUUCAACAGAAAAAAACACCACUGUCUUAAUUGGCACUUGGAGCAUUGUAUUGUGGACAGUUUUUUUAAAAAUUCUAUUUACCUUGCCGGUAAUAAUGCAUGGGGCUGAAGAGGGCUCUCAUUAACAAUCUAUUGUGACAAGAUGGCUUUCUUUAUUGUUAUGAGCACCACUGAAGGUCUUAUGGUGUUUAAGACAACUCUGAACCUCGCAAGUUAAAAUUUGCGUAGAGCUUCCUAUUGGACGAUUCCGUAUUCAACCUAAUGUUAAGAUUUUUUGUUUUUAGAGUUUGUUUGAUAUUAAUAUGUAAUCAGCCUGCUUAAGUUAUUUGUAGUCCAAAUGUUACUGCAUAAACUCAACAAAUAGUUUACAUAGUAUUGAAAUAAACAUUUUGUACCAUGGUUGUCUGAACAAUGUUUUUGUGACAUAGAAAAGCUAUUUUCACUGCUGCUUAAACAGUGAAUACAGAAAUGAACUGCACAUAUUCUUUCUCAACACAAUUUGCUUCGUAAAAGGUGUUAUGUUGCUUUCAUUUCCUGUCAAAAGUGCACCCUCUGACUUGUUUGUACACUGAGUUGGUAAAUAUAGAAAAGUUUGGUCAUACGCACAUCCUUAAACCAUGUAACCAUUUGCUUUUUGUUUUGCUUCUAGGAUAAAUUUUUUUAAUACCUCAAAUUGCCAUUGGGGAAUGAUAGACAGAUGGCGCUGUGACCUCAUUACAAGUCUGAUCAUGUUCAGUGGUCCUGUUUCAGAGAAGUAAAGUUACUAAGAUGUUACUCA